AUGUUGAUGAUAGUUCUGUGUCUGCUUCUGGCUGUGGCGGCCACCGCAGGCCAUUUCGGGCCCCCAUGGCACGUGCAUGAAUCGCCGUAUUACCACAAUCUACCGGCUCCGCAUUCACAUGCACGUGCGUAUCACAGCCUACCGAUGCAUGCUCAUGCAAUGGUACACUAUCACAUGCCGUCGCACUUUCCUGGGCCCAUGAACCACUACAUUCCAGCGCACUACCAUCCGCAUUCUCCACUGCACGGUACGCCCUUCGGAUGGAGACCACCUUCAAUACACUUCAAGCAUUACUACAACACACAACUACCUGCUUCUGCUUUCAAGCGGCCUUACAAACCUCUAGAUCAAAUACAUGCACUGGACACCGAUCAGUACAUGUGGAUUGAUGACGGCAAAGGUGAACGAAUCGAGGCAGGAAGGCAGCGGUCAAGCAUCGGUCUAUCGAAAUAUCGCAAUGGGCUGUCUAAGGGAGGGGAUUGGAAACUGAUAGGAAAAGAGAGGAUUUACGGGCAGUAUCAUAAGAAGAAGCGAAAGCCAAUCUAUAGCUCGUACUUUGAACUACCUAUCUACGACGAGAAUGAUUACCGGCCCAUACGAAUGCAAAAGCGAGAGAAGUACCGAUCCAAACUGAAGUUUAAGCACAUGCCCACCUACCAUGAGGACUUUGAAGACUGGGAUUCCGUCUUGUAUAAUGAUAAAACCGGAUGGACCGUUCUGAAGAAGCCACGUAAGAAAUCGACGGGAUUAGACAGAAAACGAAUACAAGUUUCCUACACGCGAUUAGAAAGACAUGACAAAUGUGCGAGGCGUUCAUCUUGGCAAUCCACUGAAGGAUGCUAUCGGAAGAGGCCAGCACCGAAACGCAAGCGACAUGUCUGGCACCCUGGACGAAAGUAUGAAGUAAUCGAGGAGAGGUACGUCGAGGACGAGCUAGAGGAUACGUAUGACAAGUAUUUACUCUUGGAUAAGGGCGAUAGGGUGGUAAUAGUUCACCCCAAGAAAUCUUAUUAUUACUCAUAG